AUGGCGACAGAAAGACAGUAUUCUGCCGAGCUGGAAGCAAAGGUGAGCCCGCAGCUCCCCAGCCGCUUCUAUUUCGCAUUCUUCUCCAUGUCAGCACUGGCACUGGCGGCAGCACUAUCGACAACAUCGCUGUCUAUUGCCCUUCAGGCUAAAGGAGUUCAGACCAUCGCCCAGGACUUUCACUUGUCCAGCCCCAAAACUUUCUGGCUGGGGACGUCAACUGCUCUAACUUCCACUAUCAUCCAACCGUGUUGUGCAACCCUGGCAGACGUCUUUGGUCGCAAGGUGGUGUUGACAGGCAGUGCCCUGCUCCUCACCGUCGGGUCACUCAUGGGGGCCGUCGCCCCAAAUUACAGCACGAUCCUCGCAGGCCGUACAUUGCAGGGCUUUGGAUCCGGGGGAAUCUCUGCCCUUACAGACAUAAUUGUAACAGACAUUGUUCCGCUCCGUGUCCGCGGCAAAUGGUUCGCCUUUAUUAGUGUACCGUGGGCCAUCGGCACCACCAUAGGGCCAGUCCUGUCCGGUAUCCUGACUACCGAGGGAUCCUGGCACUGCCUGUCAAACCUCCAACAGGUGGACUUUACUGGCUUCCUGCUUUUAGCAUUUUCCUUGGUUGCGAUUCUGGUACCGAUCAUGCAAGCAUCUGUCGUAUAUUCUUGGCAAGAUCCCCACACUCUCGUACCACUACUAGUGGGUGUCUUGGGCCUAUGCGUUUUCCUUGUUUAUGAACUGAGGUGGGCCCGCAAUCCUCUUAUACCGCUUACACAGUUCCGAAAUCGAUCGUGUAUCCUCACUUUCUUUUGCACUAUGCUCCACGGAAUGGUUCUCUGGUGUAUAAUGUACUAUUUGCCCGUCUACUACGAAACCAUCAAAGGCUUCAGCAGUCUCGACAGCGGGCUGGCGGUGUUACCUGAAACGCUGACCUUGGUCCCUGCAUCCAUUCUGAUUGGCUAUCUGGUAAGCUGGACUGGCAAGUACCGAUGGGCAAUAUGGAUGGGGUGGACGGUCUCGACCAUUGGCUCGGCAAUUUUGUACCUGCUCACACCAUCAACCCCGAACGGUAUGUGGAUCAUCCUGAAUCUUCCACUUGGAGUAGGCAUGGGCCUUCUAUUUGGAGCCAUGGGAUUUGCGGUCCAGGCAGCUGUAGACGCUGAGAGAGUUCCGUUGGCCGUGACCCUCUACUCCUUUUGGCGUGCAUUUGGUGCAGCACUCGGAAUCUCGAUAGGCAGUGCGAUUUUUUCCAGUGGACUUGAGGGCCAGAACGUCAAAUCUCGUAGCUGGGUACCUGAUGAAUCUGCCAUUGUCAAUAUUCCAUUUUGCAAAAGGGACCGAGGAAAACAAUCGUCCAUAAGGGAGGUUUCAGCACUCACCAAUUCAGAGAUGGGUGCUUUGCGACAUGUUUGGAUUUUCUGUGCAGUAGCUUGUGCUGUCGCACUCAUAGGGAGCCUUGGAAUCGAAUCUUUCUCGCUUGACCAACCCUUGGUCAAGACUAGAAAGCAGGACCUAAGGUGUGAUGAUGAUCGUGCAGCAGUUGUAUAG